CUUUCCCCUCAAGGGGGUGGGGGGUGAGGCGGGGGCUCCUCUACAGCAGGGAGCUGAAGUCAGGGACAGGAACAUCUAGAAUUCCAGGGUGUCUUAGAGAAUGAAAGCCCCGGUGAUUCUGGUCCAGCCCACAGCUGAUGAGCUGCCCUCUGUAGCUGGGCCAUGAACUCUCCAGUUUGCCGUAGUCCUCACCCCUCCCUAAAGUGUCCCUGAUAAGAUGUUUCUUAUACCAAGAGCUGGCUCAGCUCUUUCCCACCUGUUUCCUGGCGUGCGAGCAGUCCUCAGUAGUGCUGGCAAACAUUUUCUCUGAAAGCCUGUGUGUCAUAACAUCUCUAUGGCAUGUACCCUUCAGCCCUGUUGUCUGAGUGGGAAAGCAGCCACAGACAGGCAAAGGGUGUGGCUGUGUGGCCAUAAAAGUAUUUACAAAAGCAGGAGGCGGCCUGCUGACCCUGCUCUGCCUACGGGAACUCACCCAAGUCUGCCCCCGUCCACUCACCUCCACUGUCCUGAGCCCCAGCUAGCCUUCUGUCCCUCUCUACCCAGGCCCUUCUGCUCCCCCACCUUCUAUACUAUAAGGCAGAGGCUCAAACUUCACCUUCACAACUUGAGGCUGGGCAGGGCCUGUGGCGGGAGGACUGAGCAGAGCCUGCCCUGGAGCAGAGAAAUCUCUCAAGCUGUCAGUCCCCAGCUCUGGAGGGAUACAGGAGCCUGGCUUCCUCCUCAAAGCGAAUGAGAAUGUUAUGUGUGGACGACUGAACAGUAAUGGGGACUGCUGGACUGGCCCUGAGCAGGAGGAGAUCUGGCCUCUGGAAAUGUCCCUUAAGGAAGUAAGCCACUCUGGAGAGAACACCCCUCCCCCUGCCAAAAAAUCACAUGUGGCACCCAGAGGCCUCGAGCGGAGAUGGACUUGGCAAAAGACCUGGAGAGAGAGCUGGAGACCACAGCCCAGGAAGUGCUGGGGAAACUCAGGAGCGGUGAGCUGUUCCAGUCCAACUGGGACACUGCUGCCUUCAUCAUCUUCCUCAUCUUCCUCGGCACCGUGUUGCUCCUGCUGCUGCUGGUCUGUCUCCACUGCUGCUGCCAUAGCUGCUGCAGCCGCCGCGCUUCCAGACCCCGGAAGGUGAGCCCCGGGCAGGAACACCGCAGGGGAGUGGAUAACUUGGCCCUGGAACCUUAACGCAGCGAGCCCCCAAUCCCCCCCGUCCGUGUGUCCUGCUGGCAACAGUGCUGAUGACUUGGUUGUCUGGAACUUGAGUCUGGAGUGUGUUCUGAGCUUCCCUUCAAGGGGUGGGCCAUGUGGGCACUCACUGCUUUCUCCCGAUGCCCACCUGCUCCCCCACAGCUUUCAGCGGGCUGGACUGUCGCUCUAGGUCACACAGCUACUGCUGACAGGAGGGGAAGCUGGGCUCCAACUCAGUGGCCCGAACCAUGAGGCCGAAACCUUGUCCCCAGCCCACUCAGUCCCUUGGCAGCCUGGAGGACCCCCUCAAAGGUGGGACAGGAGGCCAGGGGCUCCGUCGUUGGGUAUCCCACCCAGGUGCUAAUGAUCAGGGAUCCCCAACUUGGUCCUCACUCAGAUAGAUAGAUAGAUAGACAGACAGACAGACAGACAAGACGCUCCAGGUAAAGUCAGAUGAUCUUUAUUUCCUGGAGGCCUUGUCAGGGAUUCGGAGCAAACACAUUCAAGGGCACCACAGCGAGGCGGUGGAUGGUUCUGUCUGCCCUCCUGAUUCCCAGCUUAGGGCCCUUGCCCACUCCUCACCCUCCAACAGAGGGGAGAGUACGGUUGCCCGUCACCAUCCUGGGGCAGGUCAGAAGGCAGAAAGAGGAAGGAGGAGGAGAGCCCUGGGCCUGGCGCCACCCCAAGUCCAAAGGUUCCCGCUGAGAAGGGAGGGCAGGGUUUGGAAUGUGGGCCACCUCUGGGCUCUGCCUUCCUGACCACCCCCCCGUAAAAGAAAAAGCAAGCCAGCAUCCCUGUCUCUCCGUGCUUCCAGUGCUCAUUUCCAUCUGUGCAAAUGUGAUGGGCAGGAUGGGGCAAAGAGAAAUAAAUAAUAGCCCACGCUGCCUG